AUGUUUGAGAUAGCGCCUCGUGAUGAUGCUGUAUCGUUCCAGGAUGGUCUUCUUGGUGUGGGAGGCACGCCGACGUGCAUUUCUGGCGAUGUGCUCACCAAACUUGACAUACCUGAUCAUGAACUGGCCAUGUACCAGCGCUGGUAUGUGAAACUCGUACUCACACUCAGUACACUACUGUUUACUGCCACAGAAUGGGUUGACGAACCAUCCUCUGAAGUCGUUGAACUGCAACGCACGGAGCAAACAUUGUGGGAAGCCCAUGAUGCGUCGGCACGUGUGCCAUCCACCUUGCCAUUUACUAUGGAGCUGACAGAAGACCUACCUCAAUGUAUCCAUACCCAACAUGGUCAUUUAGAGUACCGUAUCACAGCGCAUCUGCAUACGUCGUCGGGGCCCGCUCUGACCACGCAUGCCCUGAUUCACCCCCGUCGGUUUUUGGAUUCACAGACAAAUAUGCGCAUGUAUACCAAUACUGGACCCGGGUCUAAUACCAUGAUGUGGCCUGGUGAUGCAGAGUAUUCCUUUGAGCCCUCGUAUUGGGCGGUCGAUACGCCUGUACGUGCGUAUUUUCGUCUGGACCGUUCGGUGGUCCGGCAAACUGAUCCUAUACCCUUGCACGUUCACAUUCCCCCACCAGCCGAUACUCUGGUCCUGGAAAAAGGAUGGAAGUUGCAAAGUGUCAUGAUGAUUCUGACCCGCGUAAUCCAGUCACACCCUACAGGGCAGCUUUAUUCGGACUUUGAGUUGUUGCAGCAGCUCGCUUCCGAGGCACCUUUGUCGCACGAGACAAGGGGCACCUCUCACGAGACGUUGCAUCAGCUCCCUCCGCGUAUUUAUUCGUCCUAUAUUGCUGUCACAGGCAAAUCAUGUCGGUUCCAUUCCCAUCGGCCUGUGCAUAUGACACUGGUACUGCACCCCGCCAGUGUCCUAGGCGGUACGUCGGCCGGCAGCGAAGGGCUUGCAGCCGCAGCACCGCAAUACGCAAAAGGUGGUGCGUGGGUGUGUGAAUCCAUCUCCCAGGAUACGACCUUGCACAAUAUCCGCUUUGUACUUACUGCCCGUGUCGUGAUUCGCAACGAAAUGGGUAAGCACAAGGAUAUUGUAACACGGCGCAUUAUCAAGAUUCUGCCGAGCGCCAUCGGAAACAACCCAAUGCCUGCGCCAUCUGAGAAAUACGUGAGCGGAAAAGCAGCUGUUCACUCAGACGAUGAGUAUGCCAUGUUCUUCCAGGCCCAAGAAGAGUAUGAUGGGUACGACGAUGCAAGCGAGGCUCCGCAGCCUUCAGGUGCCAAUGCAUUUUGGACGGGCCACAUUACCCCUCCUAUGGCAAUGGAGGCAAGCGAUAUCACCAUGAACACAGAGACGGCGUUGCCUGACUAUGCUCCCACCGAUAGCCUACCUCCCACCGCGGAUGGCGAUACAUUGCCUGGCUUCGAGGAGGCUGCUGCCCAGCCGCAGCCUACGAUCUCUCUCUCCCUACGCGAAUGGGAUGCACCUACGACGUACGAAGCCAUGACGGCAGAAGGCCCUCCAUGCCUGCCCACUACCAUGCACGAGCCACCGUCGUAUUCGGCGGCGGCGCCAUCUAGCCAGCCUCCACCUCCGCCGCCAGAUUCGAUGCCGCCGUCGUUGGAAGAAGCGCUACCGCCGUCGUAUGCCGCCCACGACACACGUGAAAAUUCACCCCAUUUGCAUGAUGACACUCUAUUUCCUCCUUUGUAUGAAGCAUAG